AUGGCGGCAAAUGCCAGAUAUGAGCCGGCUCCUCAGCGAGACUCGUUUGAGGAUCACCAAUACUCCCAGGCCCCGCCUUCUUAUCAGGCUACUGCGGAGCCUGCGCCUCGCAGCGAAGAUGACAACGUCCCGGAUGACUUCAAGUUCGGCGGCACCGUCGCGGAGGGCACUCUGCCCAUCCGUAUGCAGUUCAUCCGCAAGGUCUACGCAAUUCUUACUGUCCAGCUACUCGCAACUGCAAUCAUGAGCUCCAUCUCUUUCUUCAGCGAUAGCUACCGCACCUGGAUCCAGUCCAACGUCUGGGUCAUGUUUGUAUCCCUCUUCGGCGCUCUCGGCCUCAUGCUCGUGACAUUCUGGAAGCGCAAGAGUUAUCCCACGAACCUCUUGUUCCUCUCUGGAUUUACCCUUCUCGAAGCGUACGCCAUCAGUGUGGUGACAUCAUUCUACGAAUCCCGAAUUGUGCUCCAGGCCCUCAUCUUGACCCUGGGCUUGUUCGUAGGCCUCACACUUUUUGCAUGCCAAACCAAGUAUGACUUCACCAACUGGAUGCCCUACCUCUUUGGUGCCCUUUGGUUCCUGAUCCUAUUUGGAUUCGUGGCCAUGUUCGUUCCCCACAGCAGCACCUUGGAGCUUGUCUACGGCGGCUUGGGCGCCUUGAUCUUCUCGGGCUAUAUUCUGGUCGACACCCAGCUUAUUAUGCGCCACUACCAUGUUGAGGAGGAGAUUGCGGCUUCUAUCUCUCUUUACCUUGAUGUUCUCAACUUGUUCUUGUCUAUCCUGCGGAUCCUCAACAGCCAAAACAACAACUAA